UAUGAACUUGUGCGCCAGCGUAAUUCAAACGCUAGCUUUUAACUCAUGUGGUGACCUGCUCAGAUAAGUCCAUCUGACUGCGGAGGAAAGCUGGGUUUGGGACUCUGUGUGUGGGCACGUGUGCGUGAACUCUACAGCGAAACAAAGUCACCGAGCAACGAUGGCUAACAACGGCGCUUCGGGCAUGGUCAGAGUUAAAUUGGACUUGCGGUGCGUCGUACGACAUCGGGGACCGCACAAUUUGGUGUGGAUCAUCGCCGACAGAUCGGAGACCCCGACGAUUGGGCAUUUCGCGCGAUUGGUGCAAUCGAAGUACGGCGUCCCCAAGAGUGCCGAACUCUACCUGGACGACGCUCUGCUGCCGCACGGAGAACCGAUUGCCAUGUUGAAUGACAAAGACACCGUGAGAGUUGUUGGAGCUAUCAAACAACAGUCCUCAAGUUCCAGUUUAGAACCCAUUGCCAAUGCAGAACCAUCGUCAGUGACUGAUGAACGAAUUAAGACAGAGAUCAAGCAGGAAGAUCCAGGGAGCAGUAGUAGUGUUCACGUUGCCUGCCCCAUUGCCAUCAAGUUAGAAUCAUCGGAUUCAGAUCCCAGCGACGAAGGCGGUAUGGAACUGUCACAAGUGACCCCUCAGCCUAUUAAGAGAAAGGUCAAGUGGCAAAAUCCAAGCAGCGGUGGCAGCAUCGAUGUUGCAGCGGCCGUCCAUAUACCACCGUCGGAUUUAGAUUCCUACACAGGUCGACGGCGUUCGUGUUUGCACACCCAGCCUUCGGACAUGCCACCGGCUCCUGCUAGCGGCUCGGACAUGCCACCGGCUCCUCCUGCGGCACCUUGCGUAGUGUACUUGACUGCGUCCACUAAGGAAGCCUCUGUGAAGUUGGAGUGCCAACCACUUUCCAGGAAUGGCCACGAUCCACAGGUACCUGAUGCGAUCCGAGGUACCCCUCGCCUCCCCUGAACUUGUUGUUCCAACAGGCGAGAUGCGAUUGGUACG